AUGGCCCCAUCCAACCAGCUGGGCAAGCGUGUCAAGUUGACGCAGAUUCGCCGGCCCUUUGUUGUCGGCACCACCGCUGUGCCCUUCUCCGAGUCGAACCCGAAGCCGCCGGGGACACCCGACAACCACACGCACUCAUGGCAGGUCUUUGUGAAGGGUCUCGAGGAUACAGAUAUUACGUAUUGGGUGCGCCGCGUUCAGUUCAAACUGCACGAAUCGAUCCCGAAUUACGUUCGCAUGGUCGAAGGGGAACCCGGCAAGCCGUUCCUCGUCAACGAGACGGGAUGGGGCGAGUUUGACAUCACCAUCAAGCUAUAUUACGUCAAUGAAUCCGGCGAGAAGCCGCAGACGCUCUACCAUUACCUUCGCCUCCACCCGUACGGACGCACUGAUGAAGAAAAGGCCUCCAUGGUAGCGGCCAACGGCGAGGUCCGUGCCUGGAGUUACGAAGAGCAGCUCUUCAACGAGCCGUAUGAGGCCUUCUACCAGCUCCUCACCGCCGGAGCCGUGCCGCGGGGAUGGAAACCGUCCGGGGGCACGGGCGGCAAGGGCAAGGGCAAGAACAAGGUCCCGCCGCCGCUCCCCGCCCCCGACAGCGGGGACGUCUGGGAGCGCACCGCUAUGAUUCCUCGCCAGAACCGGCCGGGCCAGCCUUUCAGCAUGGAGACGGAGGCGGCCGAGAUCAAGAAGCUGUCCGAGGCGCAGGCCAAGACGGAGGAAAUGACCAGGCAGCUGCUCGCGGACAUCAAGGAGCGGGAGCAACAGCUCGCCACGCUCAAGGCCGAGAACCAGGCGGCCGCAGCGGCUGCGAAACCUACCGCCUAG